AGCUCAUUCAAUAGUAGCCAAUUUGGCUCUUCAUCAUACAAUCAUGAAGCUAAUCCUUGUUGCUAUAACAAUCAUUGCAUUAGUCAAUGAAGCAAAAUCCGAUCCUUCAAAAAUCGAUCGGCGCCUGCUUUCCAGGAAGACAUCCAAUAUCUUUAUCACCUUCCACAACGGGACCGACUACAUUUUACAACACACCCGCAGAUCUCGAUUUGCCGAUAGGGGUGCCAAAAUUACGGCACUCCGCAAAAAUCUUCUCGCUCAUGCCGACCUUAGCCAGGUCAAAGUGAUCGAUUACUUACAAAACAGAGCGAAAGAGCAACAAACAAAAUAUGAAUCUUUAUGGAUUUCGAACCAAGUUUUUGUAAAAGAUGCAACAAUGGACAAUAUUAAAGCCCUCGCAGACCUAGAGGAUGUUAAAUCUGUCAAUUUGGAAGAAGUAAUUCGACUGGAUGCCAAAAAUUCGGACAGAGUUUCGCCAAGAGCUUUCCCUGCAAUGGUGCCAUGGGGCAUUGACAAAGUCAAGGCAUCUCAAGCUGUAUCGUUACUCAAGGCGUCAGCUGUUCCUGCGUCGCCAGUCGUUGUGGGAGUCAUUGAUACUGGCUGUCGUCAAACGCAUGAAACCUUAAGGGACAAUUGGGUUGGCAAGGAGUAUGGGUGGUUGGAUGCAGUCAGUUUCAACCCCGAUCCGAUCGACACAACUGGACGUGGGACUCACGUUACCGGUACCCUCUGUGGAAAAGGAGGCAUUGGUGUUUAUCCGGACGCAAAAUGGAUGGCAUGCCGUGCAUGUGACAGCAAUGGUUGUACUGGACUUGACCUGAUUAAUUGUGCCUCGUUCAUGUUCUGUCCGUGGAACGCGAACGGCAAUUUUGAUUGUAGUAGGGCUCCAGUAAUAAUUAAUAAUAGUUGGAGCCUUGGUCGUAAUUCCCAAUGGUUUGAUCCUAUUAUUGCAAUAUGGAUUUCUGCCGACAUAGUCCCCAUUUUCGCGAUUGGAGAUACUGGUCCAGGUUGCUUUACUACGGAGUCCCCUGGGGAUAAUGUGGACGCCAUCGGUGUGGGUAGUACGGAUAUGAAUGACCGGCUUUCCACGUCCUCCUCGGUCGGUCCUGGUAUCACGGGUGCAUUCAAGCCAGAUGUUUCCGCCCCUGGGGUCGGCAUUCAGUCAGCAUCUUAUCUUGGUGAUGACUUGUAUCGAACUGUAUCCGGUACGGGAAUGGCAGCCGCGCAUGUAUCCGGUUUGAUAGCCAUCUUACGGGCGUACAACCCCAGCUUGACCAAUGCUGAUGUGGCAAACUACCUGCGACUCGGGGCAGAUACGAAUGUAGUAUCGACUGGGCAGGUUUGUGGUGGCGUACCGGACACCAGUUUUCCCAACGACCGUUUCGGUUCUGGCAGAAUUAACGUGUAUAACUCGUUGCAAAGACUGAUCGGUUCAGUCCCUUUCAAAUGCAUGACCGCUGGGACCUACGCAAACGGUGGGGACUGUCACAAGUACUACAGGUGUGUGAUGAUAAAGGGGAAAUUGUACACGUACGACUUCACUUGUCCAGCUGGGUCGUAUUUUAAUACGGACACCAGGAAAUGCACUCUUGGUAACUGUCCAUAAUUGUUUUAGAUUUGCGGUGUAUGUACAUAUUUCUAUUGAAAUUCUUUACACUGAAUAAAUUAAAACAAUUUAUUUUGGUGUUAAUAAAUUAGUAAUUAGAUAUUUA